UAGUACGAAAAAGUAAAGCAGUUAUGCUUCUUUUUCAGAUUGCCCCAAAAUAGCGCGUCUUCGAGCGUUGUCGAAGGACCAGAAUUCACGUCCUCAGCAAGUAACUUCAACUGUCGAAACCAGUCACAACCAUGGCCCUUCCCGCUACAGCUAAGCAAGUCACCAUCACCAAACUUGGCACCAACUUCCGUGAAGUCACAGAAAUCAGGGAUGUCCCCGUUCCCAAACCGCAAGCUGGCCAGGUGUUGGUGAAGAACAAAUUUGUGGGCAUCAACGCCUCUGACAUCAAUCUGAGCUCCGGUCGCUACGAUCCCACAAUGAAACCGCCUUUUCCUGCUGGCCUGGAGGGGAUUGGACCAAUCGUCGCCGUCGGUGAGGGAGUGACCAAUCUGAAAAUAGGUCAAGCCGUCGCCUUCCUCCAGUUCGGUACCUUCGCGGAGUACGUGAUUGUGCCAGCUGACAAGGCCGUCCCAGUCCCGUCUACCGACCCUGGCCUGCUGUCUAUCGUGCUCAGUGGACUGACGGCGUCUAUCUCGCUGGAACAAAAAGGAAAUCUGAAAGCUGGUGAAACCGUCCUGGUGACCGCUGCUGCCGGGGGGACUGGUCAGUUCGCCGUGCAGAUCGCCAAACUGGCCGGGUGUCACGUGAUUGGGACAUGUUCUAGUCCCGAAAAGGUGGACUUCCUGAAGAGCAUCGGCUGUGAUCGCGUCAUCAAUUACAAGAAAGAAAAUUUUGAGGAAGUUAUAAAGAAAGAAUAUUCGAACAAAUUAGACGUUGUCUACGAAUGUGUUGGUAAAGAAAUGUUUGACGUCUCUUUGCAGAAUCUGGCAAUUGAAGGAAGGCUGAUUGUCAUUGGGGCUAUUUCUGGGUACGAAAACGCAGAGGGUACCAACGCUAGUGAAAUGAUAUCAAAACUGCCAGUAGGUAUGGCCUGUCUCCGCAAAUCAGCAAGUGUCCUUGGGUUUUUUCUACCUCACUAUGUUAAAAAGUUCCCUCUCCACAUUGCCACUUUGGCUAAACAAUACGCAGAGGGUAAGAUUAAAGUGAAUCUAGACAAGGGGGAAAAUGUUGCAAAUGGACCUUUCAAAGGGCUAGAAAAAACAGUUGACGCUGUUGAGCAUAUGUUCUCAAGGAAGAACAUUGGUAAGGUUAUUGUGGAACUUUGAAAAGUCCACUCAAACAAAUGUUGUUGUUUUUUCGGAGAAAAAAAAGUUUCGAAAAAAAUCAAACUAGAGCAGUUGGCUGUACCUACAACUAAGGAAACAGCAAUACACUUACUUUGAUAAAUUCUGUUUUGAGUUCGUGAGAGAGCAAAGGCUUAUAAUAUGUUACAAACUUUACUUACUUUUACUUAAUUUUUUCGACCUAUGUUCCCUUAGUGUCGAUGGGAGGAGCAAAUGCCUUUCUCUUGUUUGUUGGGUCGACAGUUGCACAGCUUGUCGAAUGUUUCUCUAAACCGCUCUACCCAUUUUCUCUCGGACCUGCCCUUUCCGGAAACCAUCUAAUCUCUGUUUGUAUGCUCUCGCUGCUAUACUGUCGGGUGGCAGUCUCGUCUCGACAUAUUCUGAUAUUUGAUGUCCAAAAAAUGCUAUGCCUAGUUUCUCUCUAAUAUGUAUGCUCAAGGCAGGGAGUCAAGCCAUUAAAAAAAAUUUGAAUUAUUUUUUUUCUGUCAUUGGCCCAUGUCCUUUUACUUGGUCUUAUUCGUUUCAGACAAUCAUCGACUAAAACAAUGGAGUGAGUAGGUAAAAUUAUUAUUCAACAUUAAAAUGGAUCUAUAAGAGAUUAUCAAUAACAAUGAUUAGAUUUAUUUCGCAGUUUUGGAUUUUUUGAUUAACUAAUGUUUUUUGUUUUCCCUAGCUUUUGUCACUUAUUCUAGUUCUGCCCCCCCCCCCCCCCCUCCUCCCCCAGGCUGUCUUGGAGGUGGGACGCAUAUCCUCUCUUAGUCCGCAGUUACCAGAUUUUGGAAUUAUUUGUGUGCGACCGAGUUAAUCAAAUAAUAAUAAAUGUAUGCCAAAAAAAA